UGAUUGAGAAUGCUCUCGUACUCUGGGAGACCACUCACAUUUCUUACAAAAAAGUAAUCAUCCUGUGACUAGCUUCUCAAAAAAUUAAAGCCACUGACAGUUACACAAACGUGACAGUGCAGUUUCGUGGCAUGUCUGAAUGCAGAACUAUUUAUUCCUUGUUUCUUGUUAUUAUUUCAAGUGAUUCGUAACUAAGAUGCCUGGAGAUACGACUGCUGAUAACAUAGUAAGGAACAUUCAAAGGGAAACGCUGAAACAAUGUAUGGACAGACAAAAGUUACGAGUUCUGCCUGGCGAAAAAUUCGUUUCGUACAUAGUGAGACUACAUCUGUUGAAUCCUUCCUGGGGUAUUACUGAAAAUUUCAUGGAGUGUCGUACAAAUGUGGUAGUCUUAGUCAAACAUCUGUAUACCUUACUGGAGAGCCAUGGACUGCCAAGUCUGGUGGGGCUGAAAAUGCAGUAUUUUUAUCAGUGCAGCCAGAAAUAUUUCGACAGUGCUGUCUUGGCUGAAAAAAAACAACUGAGGUUUUUGCUGGCACCUCUAAAAGCGGAAAUUUUGAAGACAGACAUCCGAAGUACUGUAUUUCAUCCCGAGCUUCUGCAAAAAAGAAUAAUCUCGUAUGCUAUACUGCUAGUGGGCUUAGGAAACCCGCAAAAAGUUCACGUUUACAAUGAAGCGUAUUACGCUUUCAAAAGCGUGAUGGACCAGAAGGAUAUGUUUGACUUUGUACAAGAGGAAGAUUUGGACGCAAAAGAGAAGCAGUUGAAAGAUAUAGUUUAUAUUAUUGGUGGUGUAAGGUUGUUCAACAAAUACAGCGGUAAAACAGUUGGUUGGGACAUAAAAAAUAUAAUCGAAUUACUGAACAGCUUGGUCGCCUCGUUGAAAGGAUCUUUGCAGGAUUUUGUAGAGCAUACCACGAUGAAAAUUCAGACGAUGCAAAUGAUCUUGGAUAAAAUUUACGUUAUGGAAGGGAACAAUAAGAACGACAUAAAACUCAAGCUGACAGUACCUUCAGAAUUCCUCGCUAAGGACUUGGAAAAAUUUAAAGACACGCUUGGUAUAUUGUGCCUCUAUCGCAGGCACCUCAAUGAAUUGAUGGACAAAGUGGAUACAAUAUUUGAAACUGCUGAGAAAAUAUAUGCGGAUCUACUCACUCAGGUCGAGGAAAUGUUCGAAUUAAUAAGCAAGAAAGUUAUGACUGCAGCUGAAGUUAUAUUUCCCGAGUUUAUCUCCCUGUGCUCUAAGUGGGUAGAUCUACAAGACGCUUUGCUGCCUUUGACCAAAAUCUCUGCGAUAUCCUCCAAGCUGAAUUCUAUCAACCGCGAGGUACAAUACAAUAAGAAGUUAUUAGACUUUAUAGAUGGAGCAGGCAUUUCAGAUACUCCAACCGAUGUGAAAGAUGUCAUUGAUUAUGAUCCAGAAAAACUGAAUCCGCACGUGAAAAUUCUCUCACUAGAUGAGUGUGAACAUUUUAACGUCAACGGACUCGAGUGCCAGGGUUACUGUCCGUUUAAGUUUGUAGAAACAUGCGGCGGGUUGUUCAAAGGCAAAGCUUACCUGCAUCUGGCAACGUUUGAAGGCAAAACCUAUUCAUUCUCCUCAUUAAAAGCUAAAAUUGUGUUUUCUGAUAAGCCUAAGAAAUACGUGAACGGUAUAAUAUUGCUUUGUAGGGAUAGGCCCCAUUUCACAGAAGUAUUGCAGAUGAGAUCAAGAAUGGAGAAAAUGAAACACGUAAAGAUAAAUCAUGAAGAUAAAGUGACGGGGCCUAAAUUCCAACUAUCAGAAGGAGUUCAGUGUGAAAAGAAUUACAGUGAGAUCGUUCCACCAUCUACAAAAAAGACCUGUGAGUAUGACGUGAAAGACCUACAAAGAUUUAAGAUUGACAGGUUCGGAAUAUUCGAGAAGACGAAACAAAAGUUGUUAGAUAUGCUGAAAAUAGACGCAGACUACCACUGGAAUAUCUGGGAGAUGAGAAAAGAGGCUCUAAACAUGGCAACUAUUACCAAUUGUCAAACAGUAUCCCAAACCACAGCACAGACGCACACCAAGAUUUCUGAGCGUGUUCAAACGGACUUCCCAGUGACCAGAGUCACACAGACCACAAAACAUAAUUAUUCCAAUACACCUAACACUUCCUCUUUCAUAUUUGGAUUGAGAAAUCCGAAACCCAACAAUCAGUUUGUUGUAGACCUCACAUUACCCGUUGAUAAGUUCUGAAAUCUGCAUUUACUAAGAAACUGAGUGGAUUACCCGCUGGCUAGAUUUGGGGUGGACGUGGUUAUUAGAAAAAACCUUUAUUCAUUAGAAAUACACUGAAAUCACUAGAAGCCUGCUAGACAUGGUCUUUGGAUCUAAAUCUGUAUUUAUCAGAAAACAGACUUUCAUAUAAAUGUUUGUAGUUUUUAGAGAUAGUCGGAGUAGAUUGAGAAAUAUAUGGACACAUGUAAAGGUAUAAUAAAGCUAUAACAAAA